AUGGCUCCGGUUUUAAAAAGCUCAGAUUGCGAGGCUCUCCCAGUUUCAAACCCUUGUUUAAUUGUUACACCGGAUCAUAAGCUUAUAGCAGGUAAUGCUCCAAUCCCGGAAUGUCAACCUAAUCAAGUUAAGGUACACAUCAAAUGUACGGGUAUUUGCGGAUCAGACAUUCAUCUUUGGAAAGAAGGAGGUAUCGGUGAUUUGGUUGUUACCGAAAAUUUAGUUUUGGGCCAUGAAACAGCUGGAAAGAUUAUUGAGGUAGGUAGAGAGGUUACAAGUGAUAUUAAGGUUGGCGACAGAGUUGCUAUAGAACCACAAGUCCCAUGUGGAAAAUGCUACUUAUGUUUAAAUGGUCAUUAUAAUUUGUGUGAGGAUGUGGCCUUCUUAGGAGUUCCACCUACUAAUGGCUCUAUGCAAAGGUAUUUAUGUACCAAUCCAAACUUUGUUCAUAAAUUGCCAGAUAAUAUGUCGUACGAGCAAGGUGCAUUGGCGGAAGUUGUUUCUGUUGCUUUCCAUGGUGUUAGAAAGGCUGGAGGUUUGAAACCUGGAAACCCUUGUAUGAUUGCUGGGUGCGGACCAAUUGGAUUAGCUACCUUAUUACUAGCCAACGUAUCAGGUGCUUAUCCUAUAGUUAUAUCUGAUAUCUCUGAUGAAAGGUUGGAGUUUGCUAAAAAAUUAGUCCCUUCUGUUAUGACAUACAAAAACAAUACCACUAUAUCCCCGAAAGAGAAUGCUAUGAAUAUUCGAGCAAUGUUUGGAAAUACUGAAUAUGUUAUGCCCCCGGUUGUUUUAGAGUGUACUGGGUUUGCUUCUUCCAUUAAUACAUGUUGCUACGUAGUUAGAAGAAAUGGUGUUUUAACAAUAUUGGGUGUUUCGGGAAAAAAUGAGUUAGAUGGUUUUCCGUUUAUGCCCUUAUCCCUAGGUGAAGUUGAUGUUAGGUUCAUUAACAGAUAUACAGAUACCUGGCCUGCUGUGAUUAAUUUAAUUAGUUCUGGUAAAAUUAAUGUUGAUAAAUUUGUGACUCAUUCUUUCUCAUUAGAAGAUGCACCUAAAGCAUUAGAGUGUGUUGUUGAUCAAAAGGUACCUACUAUUAAAGUUAUGAUUAAGGACGAUUGA